UAUGUGGCUUGUUUUCUCUCGAGCCGGCCCAUUUGAAGAACUGGGGGCUGACUAUCGUGGAACAGCUAACGGCGUCGAGUCUUCCGCACAUACCUCAACUCUCUCGACGCUUAAGACGCUUCCAAAACCCCGACUUGUCUUACGCCGCGGCUGGAUACAUUUUUCGAUGUCUCCGGGGACGCAUGGAGGCCACGUCGGGGAAAAGUCGCAGUGUUCUCGUAGCUUAGCUUAGCCGCCGUGCGGACUUUUAGCUCGGAACCGACCGACGGAUGUAAGAAACAAAGAAGAGAGGUACACUCAGACUUUGGCGUCUUUUUUUCUCUCUCCAAACAAUGGGCCUUAUUUUCGCUAAACUGUGGAGCUUCUUCUGUAACCAAGAGCACAAGGUGAUCAUCGUCGGCUUGGACAAUGCUGGCAAGACCACCAUCCUCUACCAAUUCCUGAUGAAUGAGGUGGUCCACACGUCGCCCACCAUCGGCAGCAACGUGGAGGAGAUCGUUGUGAAAAACACGCACUUCCUCAUGUGGGACAUCGGCGGCCAGGAGUCACUCAGAGCCUCCUGGAACACUUACUACUCCAACACGGAGUUUGUGAUCCUUGUGGUGGACAGCACAGACAGAGAGCGCCUCGUCAUCUCCAAAGAGGAACUCUACAGGAUGCUAGCGCACGAGGACCUCCGCAAAGCCGCCGUGCUGAUCUUCGCCAACAAACAGGACAUGAAAGACUGCAUGUCGGCCGCCGAGAUCUCCAAAAACAUGACGCUGAGCUCCAUCAAAGACCACCCUUGGCACAUACAGUCCUGCUGCGCCCUCACCGGGGAAGGCUUGUGUCAAGGACUUGAGUGGAUGACAUCACGAGCCGGACUCAGAUAGCAGGACGUUGAGGUGUUUCCAUUUUUAUACUUUUGGAUUAUUAUUGUGGCGCACGCUGACUUCACAAAGACAACAUGGACGCCCUUUUUAGCAAUUUAGUUUUUUUUUUUUUUUUUUUUUUUUUCAUCUCCGCUGACGUGUUCAGAGACAAAAACACGGAAGUUUUUUUUUUUUUUUUUUUUUUUUUUU